AUGUCACAAUACUACCGCCUAGUCCGUCCCUGCGACCACGACACCUUCGUCGAACGCGACAGCAACAACCACAUAACGCCCUGCCGCGCCGGCAUCCCCAUCUCCGAAAUCCCCAAAGCCAUCCCCCUCAAAACCAACGCCUUCUGCACCACCUGUCUACAAGACACACGCUCCUACAAACCCAACAGCGCAGUCGCAGAUCUCGACAUCGCCGCUCCAGCUUGGUACGGCGAAUUCAUCAGCUUCCCCUUAGGCGACGUAGGUUCUUACUUCCUACAAGCUGCGAAACGUAGUAACGGCGCAGACUGGACGCUCGGAAACGACGUUGACCGGAAAUGGCUGAUCGACGCACACAUCUCGCUGCAGCAAUCGUCGCGCGAACACACGCUUGUGUUAGCGAGAAGCAGAUCGCUGAGUGCGGAUUCGCAUCUCUGGGCUGGGUCGGGCGAGGUUCUUGCGCUGCUGACGGAGAUUAUGGAGUUUAAUCUUGUGGUGGCGGAGGAGGAGAGAAGGAAGGCGCCUAAGACGGGGGUGUUGAGGAAGAAGUGUCGUCCUGGGACUGGGCCGGGGGGAAUGGAGGAGGUCAAGAAUUGGUAUAGAACACCGCAGUGGCUUUCGCAUUUGAUUAUUGGGACCGAUGGCGGACAGAAGUAUCAUCGUAGAUUGACGAUGGAUGAAGAGCGGUUGAGGGGCGCGAGUUCGAGUUCGAGUUCGAAUUCAAGCUCUCCUGUAGGCGCGCUUUAA